AUGGCAUCGAGUCACUCUUGUUGCUCUUUCACAUUGUUUGCUCCUCCUGCGACAAGUGACGAGGAACUUCCCGACGUGGCCGCCGACCUCUGCUCACAAUGCGCUUCAAUCGACCUUUACGCUCUCAUGCAAAAGGAGAGAAUAGGCACUUGGUAUAACCGUUACAUCUCACUAAAAAUCAAGAUGUCAUCCCCUUGCCCACUCUGUCAAUUCUUCAUUGCCACUGUGGCAAGCAAAAAGACGCUUCCCGCCAAUCCAGACCACGAACUCGAGUUCGAGCUCGAGUCUUUGGAGUCGCAAUUGGCCUACUCUCGUUACUUUAACCAUGUUCUCAAGUCAUGGUUCGAUAGCUCUGUGCCGUGUCCCAUGUCCGAAAGCCGAGUGCUCGGUCUAGACAUGGCCGUGCUCGGGGAUUCCACCAAGAGUGGGAUGCGGUUCGCAAGAUGCGCAACUCUGGGCAGCCCUCUCGAUGGCCAGAAAUCGGCAUUAAGCCUACGACGCCUAGAACCGGGUAGAAUCGACUUUGCAUUAACCAGAGGUUGGUUGAGCUAUUGCAAAGCUCACCACAAGGAGAAGUGUGGAAUCUUGAAAGGAUAUCCACGUCAGCUCUCAUGCUUGAAGGUGAUAGAAUGCGAGACUGGCGCAAUCAUCAAACUCCCCGAGGGCUCUGAGUUUGCUGCCCUGAGUUACGUUUGGGGCCAGACGCAGGGCAAUGGGCCAAGCACAGCCUCGAGGGCUGGCUUUCUACCACCUCAUAUUCCCAAGACCAUCAGGGACGCCAUCCAGGCCACGAUUCGCCUCAACAUUCAGUAUCUAUGGGUCUACCAGUACUGUAUCAACCAAAAGGAUGAGAUUGAGUUGGGCGAGCAGAUCGGAAUUAUGGACAUCGUCUACCAAGUCGCUACUGUUACACUGGUUGCAGCAUGCGAGAGCCAGAUCAUCAGCUCUCGGUGGUGGUCUAGGGCCUGGACAUAUCAGGAAGGGCUCUUCUCCAGGCGUCGCCUCUACUUUACCGAGACCGAGAUCUUCUUCGAGUGCAACACUAUCUGCACUCAAGAGGGCCUCGCUUACGAUCUUCACCACCUAAACGAUCUUGUUAGUGAUCAUAAAAGUGAUAUAUAUCGCGGUGCAUUCGGCUACAACCGCGGAAGUCUAGAUGAACAUAUCAAGGAGGUCACAGGACGGCAGUUGACGCACCAGGGUGACGCACUCAACGUUAUGCGCGGUAUCUUUAGAGCGUUUCCUUCCAUGCGUUCGCCUAUUCGUCACUUCUGGGGGAUCCCUAUAGAUCGGAACAAUGGGAUAAGAUCGGUCUGGGGUCCCUUGUGGGGUGGAACCGACCCAUGGAGGCCAGGUGAGGCAGAGAAGCCAGGAUACUUUGAUGCUGUCUUUACAGAUACCCUUCUGUGGCGCUUAGGGGGCCCUUCACGUCGUAGAGAUGGCUUCCCCAGCUGGUCCUGGACUGGAUGGCUUGGGCCGCUACGCGAGUUCAGCGCCUGGGCGAUUGAAGUAAAAGGGCUGACAAUGGGGGUCAAAGUCCUACUUCAGAAGAAUGACGGGACCUGGAAGCGGAUCUCAGAGUCAGUCGUUGCCGAGAUCGAUGCAGGGAACGUCUCAGGCGCUGUUCCCUAUUCACCUAUACUCCGCAUCGAAACUUGGGUGGUCCAGGUGACCUUCAAGUAUCUCCCCGAUAACGACUUUGAGAACCUCCAAGAUCUACUGGGAACAAGCUUUGAUAAGGCGGUUUACUACGUAGUCCUUCCAAUGGCCGACCCAGACUCGCCACCCGAAAGUCACCGCACAGGUUAUUGGCCAUUGAUCCCGACAAUGGCCGUGGAGGCCAACGACGAGCUGCACCGAGAGCUAUGCGAGGAGCUAUUGGACUGCCUUCUGUUUUCGACGGAGGCGCAGUAUGGGCUAGUCGUGAGGAAGGUGGGCGAUGUCUCAGAGAGAUUGGGACAUCUUAAUAUAGAGCCCUUCGUCAUGAAAAAGGAUGGCCCUUCGGAGUCUGAGUCGGCCUUGGAGUAUUACAGAUCAGAGAAGAGGUUUACUGAUUACCUUCCUAUGACCACAAAGACGGUCAUGUUGGGGUAA